AGUGUCGGUGACAACGAAGGAAGCUUUCUGCUCCCUCGCCUUCGAUGGACGUUGAAACGUUUCUCCACAAUCUCCGUGCUCGGGUAUGUUGUACUAUCUGUAAAAACAUAUUCACGGACCCAAAACAGCUCCCGUGUCUCCAUGAUUUCUGUCUACAAUGCUUGGAACGUCGGCACGAAACAAGCCAUGGUCGAGACACAAUCAAAUGUCCGGAUUGCCAAGCUCUAAGCACAGUGCCCGAUAGUGGCGAUUUGAAAGAUCUACCGACCAGUUAUUAUCUGAACGGCUUGAUUGAUGUUUUAGCCAUUAAAGAGCGAAAAGCCAGCCAAGUACGGUGUGGAAAUUGCGACAAGAAAAGCUCUCAGAGUUUUUAUUGUUUCCACUGUUGCAUUUUUUAUUGCCAAGAAUGCGUCAAUGGACACAACAUCCUUCGAAGCAACAUGGAUCAUCGUGUUCUGGCGCUCAAAGAUUUCCAAGACAAGGACUUUGAGGAUUUGUUGAAACGACCUUCUUUCUGUCCACAGAAGUGGCACGAGAAAGAAGAGCUGAAAUAUUUUUGCAAGAAAUGCGAGAUGGCAGUUUGCCAAACCUGUGUUGUGAUAGAUCAUGCAGGUCACGCUUUGGUGAGCAUAGAUGAAGAAGCUGAAAGAAGAAAGAUUGAAAUCGAAUCACUGCUUAAAGCACAGAAACGCAGUUUACAAGAAAAGAUGAACGCUCUUGAUAAAAUUGAUGAAGAAUGUGCUAAAAUAAUAAAACAUCGCGAAGACGUGAAAAGAGAUGUUCAAAAGUUUGUGGAUAAGUUAAUUGCAACUAUUGAAUCGAAGAAGGAAAAUAUCAUAGCGGCAGUAGAAAACGAAGCAAACGAAACUGUAAUCGCGCCAAAGAAGGAGAUGGAGAACCAGCUCGCCUCAUUAGAAUCAUCAUUAGAAAGAGCUGAGAAACUGUUAUCGCAGGGUGCUGAUAUCGAUGUCGUUCAACUGAGUCAAUUUAUGGAGUCCAUGCUCUUCGACGAGGCUGAUCAGUUACAGCCAGCAGACCGUGAUCUUGACAGGCUGUCUGCUAUGGUUUUCGUGGGAAAUGAAAGUUUAUUGGAAACUAUCAGCACCGAAGGAAUAGGAACAUUGCAAUCAUGAAAACAACACCAAACAUUACGACAGUCUGUCGCUAGAAUAAAACAAAGCGUUAACAACAAGGCUUGUUAUUUGGCCGUGCGAUUUUUUUGUCCGGGAUAUUCUUAUUUGUAGUUACGGAAAUCUCAGCGAAACAUUUUCCCCGUUCGAUAGCAAGUAUAUGAGUAGGUCUGGUUGUUAGAGAUUCUAUUGAAUUGGUUUAUUAUGAUCACGUUUCGUUUACACGUUUCAUGCAUGUUCUAGUUGGCAAUCUAUACAGUGUUUUGACGUACAGGCAACUGUUUUCGUAGUUCUCUUGUGGUGUUAAAUACACUUAGCUUGUUUAUUCCUACGAUGAUUAUCAUUAUUGACCAUUAAUAGUUUGCGUGACGUUCAAAGGAGGAGAGUUUGUACUAAGAAAGGUGUUAAAAGGCAAACUAUUGCGAAACUAAACUCCUCCAGGUCGGGUUUUAUUUUCUAUGCAAAUAUAUUUUUUGUCGUAUUGCAACAUAAUCCAAUAUAUUUUAGCUUAGGCCAUUCCCACAAGAUGUUUCGUUUCCUAUCGCCCUACCGAACCACUGUACAUUUGAAAAAGCUGGAGAAAGCUAUUAACUUUCGAGAUACCUUCUCUAGCCAGUGUAAAUUUCAUAUUCAACUUAAUUAACACUGAAUGUCAAAUUCAUCGUAAAGGAGAUGGGCACGCAAUACUUUCUUCUAAAUAAACAUUAUUUACGUCUAA